CCCGUGACUGGAAUCUGCCACAUCGUCACGAUUCACGAUUCAAUUCACGAUUCCAAGCCUCCCGACGGGAGGUCUUUUUCCCACCACUUCUCGCUUCAAAAAUGUGUACACCAUUUCAAACGCCGGCAAGCCUCAUCCCACUGGAUCUCCUUGCACAUGCAUUAACCCCUCCUCACACCAUUACGCAGAGCACUUCGGCAAGUAAUAUACUUUUGAUAUCUCUCGAUACUCGUUUUUGGUCCUUUAAUUCUCUCAUGUCCGGCGCCAUCGUUAUUGAUUCCCCGCCACGCCAGGCAUCAAUCUCACUCCAAUAAUGGCGGGGUAGUGUAAUCUCCAGAUUUGGAUCUGAGUUUCCCAUCCCACUGAUUACUUCGGUAGGUAUGAAGGCGGUGUAUCCAUUUGCCCAUUAUGCAUGAUCAUGACCGGUUCCGUACAUGCUACAAAAGUAACAGUUCUAAAGUUCACGCCACGCUAUACAUCCAGCAUCUCUACUCAAAGUGCUUUUGCUGGUGUUGACGAAUUAUUCGAUCUGCCGGUGCCCUAUGGGCUGUUGACAGCGGUCCCUAGGUGUUUAAAGCCUCCUUCUCCCUGUCAGACGGGCUCCGGCAGCAUGGACACCACGUUGACGUGAGUUUACAGGUGUCAGCGGGGGUUUCGACUCGCUCGUUGAAGGAUUCGGCAGCUGUCCUAUACGCUGUAGUUUUUCCGAUGGGGCUGCCAAGCGGCGUAUCCGCAACGUUAAGAAACGAGGUCCCGGAACACGAUGUGGAUAUCAAGGCUCUUUCUGUGUCACAUCGUCCAAUCUUCUCUUGUUUUGCCGUGCCGUCUCGUAGAUUUGGGCCGCUUGCAGAUCGAAGAUCCAUUAUUGAUGAAGGUUUGGCGAAGAAAGCGAAUUCUCCCGGUUCUAUAUACGGCCCAGACCCUGCAUAUACGUUUAUCCGGACUAUUACCUAGCUCUUGGUACACUCAUAUCACCUCGUUGUGUCUCUUUUUCUUCGUGGAAAACUCACCCAAAGGAAAACUCGAGAAAUCCUGUCCUGCUCUUGCAGCUCUUCACAUUAUGGCGUCGGACUCACUUGUUGGCUCCCUUCUAGGCCAUUGGCCUGCCAUUCUCCUGGUGGUUUUAGUGUCAUAUUUCGUCAAAAACCGAUUCAAUAGAGGACUCAAUAAGCAUCCUGGCCCUUUUCUUGCUUCCAUUACCGACUGGUGGAGAUUUUGGAUUGUGUACAAGCGGAGACCAGAAGUCGAACAUAUUCGACUACACGCCAAGCAUGGCGAUAUUGUCCGACUUGGGCCAAAUAGUCUAUCUUUCUCGAAUCCUCAAGCCUUGAAGACUAUAUAUGGUCUCAACAAAGGGUUCAUUAAGGUAGGAUUUCCGGUGAAUACCUUUAAUUAUGCGAUUGACAAAAUCUAGUCUGAUUUCUACCUUGUACAACAAUCGGUGUCAAAUGGACAUCCCUUACCUUCUCUAUUCAGUUCGAUCUCAGAGUCUUGGCAUGCGCAAUUCCGAAGAUGCGUGAAUAGUGCAUUCUCCAUGUCAACAUUGAUUCAAUAUGAACCUUUCGUUGAUUCCACAACGGAGUUAUUCCUGUCUCAGACGGAAAAGAUAUUCGCCAAGACUUCGGAAGCUUGUAAUUUCUCGCAGUGGCUUCAGUUUUACGCUUUCGAUGUCAUUGGGGAAAUAACAUAUAGCAAGCGCCAUGGAUUUGUUGAGGAGAACCGAGAUAUUGACGGGAUUAUCAAGUACCUCGCGGGGUUAUUUGACUAUGUUGCUCCAAUUGGCCAAAUCCCAAUGCUGGACAAAUUGUUUCUCAAAAACCCCCUCUACUUACUGGCUGCCAAACACGGACUCAUAGAUGCAACUUUUCCAGUCGCAAAAUUUGCAAGGCAACGCAUGGUCGAACGAUACGGAACCGAUAACUCGAAACCUGCAUCUGCACUCUUGUCUACGGCGUCAAAAGCACCUCUUCCAGAUCUUCUCUCCAAAUUUAUGCAGGCAAAGAAAGCCCGCCCAGAUUUUAUGAACGAUACACUCGUCACUACUAUGGCUGUCUCCAUGGCUUUCGCCGGAUCGGAAACCACUGCCAUCACUUUAUCGGCGAUAUUUUACUAUCUCCUCAGAAAUCCCCUUUGUCUCGCGGCACUAUACCGCGAACUAGAUGGUAGGGAGAAGGAAGGGUUUUUCUCAAAUCCAAAUGGGAUCGUCACGUGGUCUGAGUCCCAAGACCUGCCAUAUUUGGAUGCGUGUGUCAAAGAGAGCUUCCGGCUACAUCCUGCAGCAGGUUUACCAGUUGAAAGAGUCGUGCCCGAGCCAGGUCUAGAAAUCGCUGGCGUUUUCGUCAAGGGUGGAACCAUCGUUGGAUGUAAUGCCUGGGUAGUUCAUCGACGUCCUGAAAUUUUUGGGGAGGAUGUAGAAACUUUUAGACCAGAAAGAUGGCUUGUAGGUGGUGGUGUGGCAGGUCAAGGCGUCGUUGAAGUUUCGAAAGAAGUCGAUGUGAAAGCAGAAGAAAAAAGAAUUAAGGAUAUGGGAGCGACACUUUUGCAUUUCGGGAUGGGGUCUCGGACUUGUAUUGGGAAGAACAUUAGUCUGCUGGAGAUUUACAAGUUGAUUCCUUCGUUUUUAAAGAUGUUUGAGGUAUGGCAUCCCCUUUGAAAAAAAGUACAAAUGGACGGUCAACUAAUGGUUAUAGGUUACCUUUGAAGAUCCGUCGAAAGACUGGAAGUUGAUCAAUUCUUGGUUUGUUCGACAAGUCAACUUCCGGACUAAGUUCCGGCGACGCGAGGUUGCGUCGAGCAAAUUGCAAGAUGGGGCGUGAAUGUUAGAUGGGUUCCUAUUGGGUGGGGGCGUUGCAUAGCAUGGUCUUUUAUGUGGCGUUUACUUGUAUAGGUGGAUGAAGGUUCAUUUUUCGAUGGUUUACCUCGCAGAUAUAUUUCAUGUACUUUUUUUGAUGAGAUGUCAUAAUUAUACUUGAUUAAACU